GAAAUUCUCGAUUCUGCAUCGAUUUCACCAGUUAAAUAGACACAUUUAUAUCUUUAGACUGCCUGUUUACGAGGCUGUUUUUAUCAUUUUGAGAACAUUUCGUCUAUGUUUCUUACCGUGAGUUCAGUGACUUGGACGAUUAUUACUGUCGAUUGGCAGAAGUGACAUUUCCUUUUGUUUUGAUUGAGUUUCCGCCUUCCGCGCUGAUCAGCUGUUGUGGCUUCCAAGCGUUUUCAACGACUUAUAGCGGAUAAAGCAUAAUGCUAUAAGUGAUUAUAACAAUUCACGCGACUGGUCGAAACCUCCAAUGACAAUGAGCUUCUCGGAGAAAGGACAGGAUAGCAUAUCCAAAGAAGAAUGGAUGUCAAAGCUGGAGGAGAGCACCUACAUACAAAAAAUGUCAAUGAACAAUCUAAUCAUGAAUUAUCUAGUCACAGAGGGAUUUAAGGAAGCUGCUGAAAAGUUCCAGCAGGAAUCGGGAGUAGGUCCAACGGUGGAACUGAGCUCUCUGGAUGAUAGGAUUCGCAUUCGAGACGCCAUUCAAAAUGGUCGUAUUCAGGAAGCGACGGACUUGGUGAAUCAGCUACAUCCCGAAUUACUGGAUAAUGACAGAUAUCUCUAUUUUCAUCUGCAACAAUUGCACCUGAUUGAACUGAUACGCACAGGCAGAGUCGAAGAGGCACUUCAGUUUGCCCAGGAUCAACUCAGCGAGGCUGGAGAAUCAGAUGAUAAUAUACUGUGCGAGUUGGAACGUACCUUGGCACUGCUGGCUUUCGACGAACCACAUAAGAGUCCAUUCAGUGAUCUUCUACAUCCAACACACAGGCAGAAAAUUGCAAGUGAAUUGAAUGCUGCUAUAUUGAAAAUGGAACAUAGAGAAUCUACCAGUCCCCGACUCAACAAUUUGUUAAAGAUGAUAUUAUGGGCUCAGGAUGAGCUAGACAAGAAAAAAGUGAAAUAUCCAAAAAUGACCGAUCUAGGUAGUGCCACGAUUGAAGAUUCGAAAUAAUUGUAUAAUAGACAAACUGGGACUUCUCAGUUUUAUAUAUGAAUGAGAUAAAUGAAUGUCUUGAAUUGAUCUUUAAACAUAAUUUGGUAUAAAUCACUGUUUAUUUUGUAGGAAAUUAUAUCUAAAUUUUAAUCUUGUAUAACAAAUUAGAGAAAAGAUGUGUAGAAUCGUUAAUGACUUAAUUGAAAUAAGAAUGUAAUGAUUAAACUGACAUAUUGUUAUGAUUGCUGUAAGAAAUAAGAAUUAUUGCAAAAAAUAUUUCUUAUGUCUUUUAGGACAUUAACGUAAGAAAGCCGAUAGAGGUAUAUUCAAGUUUUGUAUAUAUAAUAUUAUUUAUUAGGAAUAUAUAUAUCUUGCGCAAAAAGAUUUACUAAGGCCUUGAGCCAUUCUACAUAAUUGUAAAGAUGAAUACAAAUACAACAUCUAAUAACAUGCAUA